GGGGCGCGCGCAGCCGUCGCUGAGCUGGCGGGCGCGGACAGGUGCUGGGGCCGCUGUGGAGGUGGUACUGCGGUGGGAGACCCGGGGAGCCCCGGAGAGCCCCGCACUUGAAGCCUGGUGAAACACUGUGAUGGCAGCUCAGAUGACCGAUGCUCAUCGACGGUUCUUGCAGGCUCUGAUGUCUAAUGGGAUAACAGAAGGAUCAGAGGCCAAAAAAUUACACCAGCACUGUUGUGAAACUGACAAAGUUUACUAUGCGCAUGAUAAACUGGACGAUUUCAUCAGCACUAUUAACAGCCACCUGCAGCCUUUGUUUAUGCAGAUCCGGAAAGGAAUAUCGGAAGAUGAUGGGAGAGCACAUUAUGCUGUAGUGAAUUUGGCAGAAACUGAAGUAACUAAAAUGGCAUCUGACUAUACAGAAAGUGAAUUGGAAUUGUUCAGAAAAACAAUGGACCUAAUAAUUUUAUCAGAAAAUGGCUUUGCCUCAUCUACAGAUAUUUUAAACUUGGCUGACCAACUUAAGACAAAGAAAAUGAAGAAAAAGGAAGCAGAACAAGUGCUGAAAGUUUUUGUGGAGGAUAAGUGGCUCUCUGAGAAAAAUGGAGAAUAUACUCUGCAUACUCGUUGCAUAAUUGAGAUGGAACAGUACAUUCUCAGCAACUACCAGGAUGUGGCAAGGAAAUGUAACAUCUGUCACAGCCUCGCCAUCCAGAGCCAAGGAUGUGAAUCCUGUGGAAUUGGAAUGCACUUACCUUGUGUCAGAAAGUACUUCAGAGGCCAGACUGAACCCCGCUGUCCCGAGUGUAAUGAAUUCUGGUCUUGUGAUACCCCAGGUGUGAGUCGGAUGGGCUCCCAGACUUAACACAGAGCUCCACUCUUGGUCCUAGAUGAUGCCAGUAAAACUUGAUAUCAGAGACAUCUGUUUGCCCCCACUCUGGCAGAACAGCCAGACUGUAUUGUAUUCAUUAGUAAGAGUACUCAGUGUACUCAUUUUCUACAGUUCUAAGAAUCUUACAAUAAAAUGAUCAUUGAUGUUCCUGUUCACAGUAA